UACCAACCCAUCUCUAGUUCCCCGGGUCCUGACAGCGCGGAUCAGACAGACAGCCGGCUGUAAUCUCAACUGAACAAACACGUGUAUUUCUUCUCUUCAAAGCAGCGCGACGAGUUUGAAUCAUGUCUGGUAGAGAAGGAGGCAAAAAGAAACCACUGAAGGCUCCCAAGAAAGCGAACAAGGAAAUGGAUGAUGAUGAGGUUGCCUUCAAGCAGAAGCAGAAGGACGACCAGAAGGCCAUGGAAGCGCUGAAGGCCAAAGCUUCAGGAAAAGGACCUCUAGGCGGCAGCGGCAUCAAGAAAUCAGGCAAGAAGUAAGACAACGAUGUUGGUCUGCUCCCCGGCUUCGCUUCCUGUGUCUGAGGUGUGCGUUUGCUCGCUGAGAAGACCGUUUAUUUUGCUCCGUUACACAUGAAUCCCAUCAACCUCCAAAACCUGCCCUGGUGUUGACAUCCUCUAACCAGUGAACAUGAAUUGAAUCAUUUUGAGAAUUUCAAGGACCAGGAAUAUCUGUUGCCCCGUACACACAUCAUAACUCCUUAAUGGCUUAUAGUCAGGUUUCACUGUGAUAUAAGUUGUUAAAAAUUUCACUCAGUCACACACACACACUGACUAAAAGCUUCAAACCUGCAGCUUGAAGUUCUGCAGCUUUAGAAAAUGGAAAAUGAUUUCCACCGUAUUUAGUUUUGUGUCCAUGUGAGACUUUAACCAUCAGAAACACAAAUCACCCCAGGUCUUGUUUCUUCUUAUUGUAUUGUAUUGUAAAGAGGGAGAUACUAAUAAAGUUUUUGUAAUUAC